AUGAGCUGCAUCCCGACCAACGACCAGGACCGCCGCGAUGAUGGCGACGGCCGCUCCCUCGACCCCGCAUCCUCGUCUGCCGCACUCUCAGCGGUAGACGGCGAUGCCACCAGCCUGUAUCAGUACGUCCUUCGGCACAAGGUGUGGGGCACCAACCUCGACCCGCCGGAAUCGGCCAAGAACGUCAUCAAGCCCUGGGACCAGCGCCUCUCGACCACAGAGAGCGUGCAGUCCAACGUCGACGACCAGCUCACCAUCACCGUCCCAUUCACGUGCCUGGUACGCAUCAAGUCGAUUAUGAUCUACACGGGCACCGGCGACUUUGCCCCCACCCGCUGUCGCGCCUUUGUCAACCGCCCGGACGGCAUCGACUUUGACGAGGCAGACGCUGCCACCGCAGACACCCACCCGGCCGGACAGCCCGCCACGCGCAUCGCAUCCACCCUCGGCGCCGUCGGCAGUGGACGGGCGCAGGCCGACUUUGCGCUGCUCCAGGGCCAGGACGGCGUGGUCGAGUACCCGGUCAGCGUCGCCCGCUUCUCGUCGACCAACUCCGUCACCCUCGUCCUCAGCCACUCCAACUCCACCACGCUCUCGCGCUUCUUCUACCUCGGCUUCCGCGGCACCGCGCUCCAGCUGUCCAAGGAUCCCUCGGAGAAGCUCGACAUCGCCGCGGCCAACGCUGCAGAUAAGCCCGUCGAUGGUGUGCGAGAGAAGCGCACGGCCAGCCACGGCCUGGCGGGCGGCAGCGGCUCGCGUCCAUCUCCGCGCUACGCAAUCUCCGACAAGGAGGCCGCCCGCAGGAUCGUAGAGAUGACCCACACUAGUCCACAGCGCAGGCGGACGAGCAACGUUGCGCCCAACACCACACCGCGCAAAGGGCGGUCAUCCAGAGGCGGCGGCGCCGCUGCCCAACCUUCGCCCGCUCCUGGCGGCGAAGGCUCAGCAGCAAACGCGUCGACCGCCGACGAUCGCACCCGGAGGCGCUCGCUGUCGCAGCCUCCGCCUGCUGACACUCUGUUCCGCCAACUCCAUCAGCAGCAAGCCAAGGAGCAGCGGCAGCAACAGCCGCGGCAGCAAGGUGGGACGAUGGGUGGGGCUGGGCCAUCGCUGCUGCGUACACCCGGAAAGCCGGCAGUGGCCAAGACGCCGCUGCGAUCGACGACCAAGGCCGGCACCUCGGCCACUCCAGGCAAGCGGGCUCUGGGAACGCCGCAUCGGCCGGGGGAACAGUCCAUCGGCAGCCUGGCGCAAACGCCCGCCACCGAAAUGCGCAAGAAGCGCAACGACGCGCUGAUGGCGAGCGCCCAACGGACUCGCGAGAAGCGACGCCAGAGCACAUGGGGCCUUGGAGGUUGGGGCGGGGGCCGGGAGGAGUCGCCAUUCGACCUGUUGCGGCGGCUGGCUCGCGCGCCCGGCUUUGUUGCGCCACCCACGCCUCAGCAGGCUGCGGAUGCCGCCAAAAUGCCGCCUCCGCCGCCCGGCUCGGCCGCUGCAAUCGCUGCCGCGGCUGCAAGGAGAGCCUCAUCGUCCUCCGCCGCCGCCACCGAGCUGCCAAGCUUCGCAGGGCAAAGUAUCGGGGCGGGCGGGAGGAGCUCCACCUCGGGACGGCAGAGCAGCAUGCUUCGACCGGGAGAGAGCGUCCCGGGCGAUCUCACGCGCGAUAGCGAUGCGCUCGAGCGCAGCGCCGAUAUGGACGACUCGCGAGACGCGUCCGAGAGCUCUUCGAGCCUCGCGCCUCCGGGUAUGGCCGACGCAUCGCUAGCCUCGGACGCCGGAGCUGCGCGGAGAAAGUCGCUGAUCCGCGGCGGCAUCUUUGCGGCGCUCGCAGAACGGGGCAGAAGUGCGUCUGCGAGGGCCUCGGACGCGGGCUCGCGCCUGUCGCUGGGGACAGCGGGCGAUAUUUCGGCGCUCUCGGCGGCCACCUCUGGCCUCGGAGGCCUGCGAGAGCACGAGCUGGAAAAGUCGCUCGCGAUGUCGCUGGGCGACCUCGACGACAGCAGCCUCGUCGAGUCCUCCCGCGAUGGAGGCAGCCUCGAUGUCGCCGAGGCUCGUGCCAUCGAGCGGCUCGACGAGCUGACGCGUAGGAGCCUCUUCAGCAACGAUGGCGGGCUUUCGCUCGGACCCGAUGAGAUCACCGACGAACGGAGCAGGGAUCGACAGAUGAAGAGCUUUAUGCGGUCGAUGUCGGAGCCUCUGCAGGUCGACGAUGGCGGCGACGACGAGACGGGCGACUACAGCUCUGUGCUCGCAGAUUACGGCGCGGGCCUCGAUGCGCCCGAUGGUGGGGAGGCCACCGUCGACGAGCCGUCCAUCGCCAGCUCGACGGAUCGCACCAAAGGUUCUGCGGCCGAUCAGUCCCUAAGCCGGGUCACCAUUGCCGAGGAGGACGAGGACCAGAGCGAAGCUGUGGACGAGAGCCGCGUCACCAUUGGCAGCACGGAUGCUGGAGGAGUGUCGUCCGAGGUGUCGCGUGCCGGACUCGACGCCGACGACUCGGCCAGCCGCCUGCAGGACCGCUCCGCGAUGUCAGACUCGCGGUCUCGGACCAACAUCGUCAGCGACAUGGGCGAUGUGUCGAGCCGGAGCGCGCCGAGGGGUGCGCUGUCGGACGAGGAAGGCGUCGACGACGACGAAGCCGGCUUCGAGACGGCGGGGUCCGACGUGGACCAGGACGAAGGCAGCGGCGCCGAGGGCGCCGCCGACGUGCGCAAGCUCGACCUCAUGGAUCCAAAGGACCUCAAUGCGCUGCUCAAGAGGCGCAUCGUGCGGAAGCGCAAGGCGCGGGUGUCGCCCUACACGGGCGACGCGGUGCCGCAGCUGCCGGUGUCGACGAUCAAGGACCUGUUCACGGCCUUCCUCAACCCGAGCGCGGACACGCAGACGUCGGCUUCGCUGCUCGGCUCGACGUCGGGCAACGGCCGCCGGACGCGCAACAAGCUCGACCAGACGACGCUCGAAGAGGUCGAGGAGGCGGCGCACGACUUUUUCGGCUCGUUUGCGCAGCAGCUGCAGCAGCAGGCGCGGGCGCGGACGCGGCGGCGCUCUGGAGGCUCGGAGUCGGGCGUGACCAUGACCGAGGUCGAUGUGCUGGCGCUGCUCAAGCAGCAGGGCCACGUCACGGCGCGGUCGGACAUCACGUCCCUGGCGCACCGGCUGCUGCCGCGCGAGGUGCAGGACCAGAUGAACCUGCCCAAGUUUGCGGGCGUGCGCACCGAGACGGCCACGCCGAGCAUCCGGACCAUGAUGGCCAGCGUUGGCGGACCGAGGGCGACGGCGGCGGCGGCGGCGGCGGCGGCGGGAUCACGUGCACCCGGCGGCGGCGCCAAGCGUGCGAGGCAGGCGGUGGACGAGGACGAGGACGAAGCCGUUAGCUCGACGGGGUCUGGCUCAGGGUCCGACGAUGUCGACGACGACGACAGCGAGGACGACGAGGAUGCCACGUUGGAAGAUACGGCGAGGUCGCGCAGCAUCCGACGGGGCGCCGCUGGGGCCGCCUCUGCCAAGAAGGCCAAGACGUCCAAGGCGCCUCGAACACCUGUAAGGCGACCUGCCAGCGCCGUGCGGCGGUGA